CUGAUUGGUAGGGUAGGCGGGCCUUCUGACUUUGUGGGUGUGGUACCUAGUGACACACCCCAUUUGGUCUUCGUUUGACAAAAUUUUCAAGACAAAUGAACAGAAUUUAAAGUUGCGUUUUCUACCUCAACUAUUAAGCCAUGGCGGGGAACUUCUGGCAGAGCUCGCAUUAUUUGCAGUGGGUCCUGGACAAACAGGACCUGAUGAAGGAGCGUCAGAAGGAUAUGAAGUUUAUGAAUGAGGAGGAGUACUGGAAACUGCAGAUCUUCUUUGCCAAUGUCAUCCAGGCCCUGGGUGAACACCUGAAGCUCCGUCAGCAGGUCAUCGCUACAGCAAUCGUCUACUUCAAACGUUUCUAUGCCAGGUACUCCCUGAAGAGUAUAGACCCGGUGCUCAUGGCUCCUACAUGCGUGUUCCUGGCUUCUAAAGUGGAGGAAUUUGGUGUUGUUUCAAACACUCGUCUGAUCUCUGCAGCUACGUCCGUGUUAAAAACCCGAUUUUCCUAUGCCUUCCCAAAGGAGUUCCCUUAUAGAAUGAACCAUAUAUUAGAAUGUGAGUUCUACCUACUGGAGCUCAUGGACUGCUGUUUGAUAGUCUACCACCCCUACAGACCCUUGCUGCAGUAUGUGCAGGACAUGGGGCAGGAGGACAUGCUACUGCCGUUGGCCUGGAGAAUAGUGAAUGACACGUAUAGGACAGACCUCUGUCUACUCUACCCUCCCUUCAUGAUCGCUCUAGCCUGUCUGCAUGUUGCCUGUGUGGUGCAGCAGAAGGACGCCAGGCAAUGGUUCGCUGAGCUCUCUGUAGACAUGGAGAAGAUUCUGGAGAUCAUCCGAGUCAUCCUAAAGCUUUAUGACCAGUGGAAGAACUUUGACGAAAGGAAGGAGAUGGCUGUUGUGAUCCACAAGAUGCCUAAACCCAAGCCUCCUCCCAACAGUGAGAAUGACCAGAGCUCUAAUGGGAACCAGAACAACUCCUACAGCCAGUCAUAGGCAACGAGAUGGUAUCCAUGGACAGGGUGCAGGGGGAAACUUAUGUCGCACAAUACCGUGGUGUGACAUCAGAGACAAAUCAUAUGUAUUUCAACAGGGUACCAAAAAAGCCCAAACCCUCUUUUCUGAUAUGGUUAUCCCAACCAGAAGACCAAGUCUGCACACGCUCAGUCCGCCUUUGCUCAUACGAUAACUCAUCAGAGAGAUGGCCACAGGAAUGCUGGCAUCAGUCAAUCGGUGCCAGCAGUCAUGUGUUGCCACGUUACUCCGUCUCUCAACAGUUAACUUUAUGGACCUAAAGCAAACUGCAAGAAACAGGAGGAUGUAGGCAGGGAUGGGGGGGGACUUUGAGUUGUGAUUAUCCUGACAUCCUUGAACUCUCUCAGGGAUCAGUCAUGUAAUAUGGAGCUCCGUGGGACCAGAGAACUUGACCAUUAGUAGUGCGUGCGUGAUUGAGUUUCCCAUUUUGAUAGUUGCUUCAUUCCUCAGGGAUAAUAGUAGUCCUUUAUACUGGUAUCUGUAAGAUGAUUGUACCCUGUACUGUUUUCGAUGCGAUCUGAUAGGAUGUAAGGCUGUUUGAUUGUUACCCGAUUGGAUGUCCUGCUAUCUGAGGUCUACAUUGAUUGGUUGCAGAGUUUAGCAGGUGAAGUCACGGGCGAGAAUGUAAUUUCCAGGGGUGCACACUAGAUUCAGAUGUCUUCAUUUACUGUUAUAUCUCCUGCCCAGCCCAUCUCCAACCUUUGCAAAUAGCCUUACGCUUAUCUUUAUUCCUUUUAUGUUAAUCUUUUGUGUUUCGCUUGAUGAGCAAAUUUGCAUGGGUAGAAAUCAUGAACUGUAUUAGCUAAGUCUGCUUCAAGUAAAAGUGCUCAAAUGUGUUUACUAUCAUGAUUAAAAAAAAACACAAAAAAAACAUUGUCUAAGGACCACAUUUAUUUGUUUUUGGUGGGGAGGGAAGGUUGUAUUUUAGCCUUUUUAUUGCAUAUUGAAUCAGUCCUACAUUUGCCAGGUCCAGUGUUACUUAUUGUCUGCACCUGCUGUCUAUUACAUCAAAUUUAAGUGUCACAAUACCUUUGUGCAUAUUUACUUGUGGAUAUUGAUAUAUUGUCUGUGCCGUAAAUAAUACAGUGGGAGUGAUUAGUGUUUGGGGUUGAGUUUCUCUUGUUAUGUCUGUCCAGAACCAGGUGCUUGAAUGCCUUACAAAAUAAAGCUGCUUGUCAAGGGACUUCAGA